GCUGCGACCACAAGUGAGCUGGAGACCGAUCCUUCCACCUGCCACACACACACACACGCACACACUCCUCUGCAACGUCUGCCACGUCGCCUCUGAUGGAGAGAGUGAGAAUGUGACGGAGUCUUUGUGGACGCGGAGGAAACAUUUCCACCUCUUUUUGCGUCUCCCGUGGAGCGAUUGGUCGCGUCGGGGCGCGACUUUGCGAAACCUCGCAACUCAACUGUGCCACACGUGAGUCUCUGCAAUCGGAGAAAGUGGUUGUUGUUGUUGAAGGCUACGACACAAUGUCCCGGAACAACUGCGUGGAAAACUUGAAGGCAUGGUGCGCGCCGAGCGCUGCAAGCUGAGACAGAUGGACACGAGCGCGACAACUCACAGGAGACGUGCAGUGCUGCUGAAUGGGUGACGAGCUCCCAGUCACCUUGCCUACCCUCUGAAGCCCCCCUCCUAUUGCAACUUACAGGACAGGUUCCCCCAUCAGAGUAGCAGGGAUGUACCAGGAGGUGGCCUUCCUGGCAGGCAGCACUGAGCACCAGUUCACCACCUUCCGCUACAAACAUGUAGAGAACCCACAGGAGGUCACCGCCAAGAAGGGGGUGUUCUACAAGCGAGCCCAGCUCCUGCUCCACCCUCAGCCCCACCAACAGGGGGGAGAUGAGAUCGACCGGGCUGAUGGGGCAGCCAUUAUCAAUGUAGGGGGUAUCAAAUACCGCAUCCCCUGGUCAACGCUGGAGGAGUUUCCCUUAUCAAGGCUGGGAAAGCUGCGCAGCUGCAGCAAUGAGGCCGAGAUCAUGGACGUGUGUGACGACUACGACUGUAGCCGCAAUGAGUAUUUCUUUGACCGAAGUCCGUCGGCCUUCCGCACCAUCGUCACUUUCUUGGCGGCAGGAAAGCUGCGGCUCCUGAGGGAGAUGUGCGCCAUGUCCUUCCAGGAGGAACUGCUGUACUGGGGGGUGGAGGAGAAAAGCCUUGACUGGUGCUGUCUCAGGAAGCUGCGGCUCAGGCAGGAGGAGUACAAGGAGCAGCAGAGGCUGGAGGAGGAGGACACCGAGCUCACAUCGCCGCAGUCCUGUGAGGAGAGCCAGCAACCUCCCGAAGCAUGGGCUCAGGAAGAAACUCAUACGGGGGGCUGCAUGCACAGACUGAGGGACAUGGUGGAGAACCCCCACUCUGGCAUCCCAGGGAAGAUCUUCGCCUGUCUGUCAGUGAUAUUUGUAGCCAUCACUGCUGUGACGCUGUGUGUCAGCACCAUGCCUGACCUCAGGGAGGAGGAGGAGAGGGGUGAGUGCUCCCAGAGGUGCUAUAACAUUUUCGUGCUGGAGACAGUUUGCGUCGCCUGGUUCUCCCUGGAGUUCCUGCUGCGAUUCAUUCAGACGCAGAGCAAGUGCAUGUUCCUGCGCACGCCUCUAAAUGUCAUCGACGUGGUGGCCAUCCUCCCCUACUACAUCACGCUCAUCGUGGACUCUCUGUCGGUGGGAGGGAAACCUGUGGGGUCAGGGAACAACUACCUGGAGAAGGUGGGGUUAGUCCUCAGAGUCCUGCGAGCUCUGCGGAUCUUUUACGUGAUGAGGUUGGCCCGACAUUCCCUGGGUUUGCAGACCCUUGGUCUGACAGUGAGGAGGUGUACUCGUGAGUUCGGCCUGCUGCUGCUGUUCUUGUGUGUGGCCAUGGCCCUUUUCUCCCCACUGGUGUUUCUAGCCGAAAGUGAACUGGGUGCCAAACAGGAGUUCACCAGCAUCCCUGGGAGCUACUGGUGGGCAGUUAUCUCCAUGACCACGGUGGGCUACGGAGACAUGGUGCCCAGAAGCAUCCCUGGCCAGGUGGUAGCGCUCAGCAGCAUCCUGAGCGGCAUUCUCCUCAUGGCCUUUCCUGUCACGUCCAUCUUUCACACCUUUUCUCGCUCCUACCUGGAGCUGAAGGAGGAGCAGAGCCGCGCAUCAAGGCAGAAGCCAGACUCGCAGGAUAGCACCAAGUCCCAGAACAGCGAGGACUCUCAGGAGACGGACAGCUACCACGGCAUUGCGGAGGCCACCGCCUCAUCUGUGCAGCGGAGAAAGUCCUUGGCUGCUCACAGGGCUGCUGAGAUUAGAGCGUCUGUGAAAACCUAGCUUCUCUGACUGUCUGCCUAUAUGUUCAAGCUGCAGCCUGGGAGGAUGUGACACUCGGCUGGGACUUCAAAGAUGACAGCAGCGGGACUGGGAACCAGGAGAUUUUCUCCUCUGGAGCUUUAGGUCUCUGCUUUGAUCAGAGUUUCCUGAAGUUUACAGAGCUGCAGAGGUCUGACUUUAAAAGAUGGAAGAUGAUACAAUAUCCAUGAUUAAACAACUCAAGUUUAUGAUAUUGACAGACUGAUAGACAGUCUGGGCAAAAGGUAAAACUACUAAAACAUCACAUUCAGAUGUUAUUCACACCUCAUGCGUUUCUCAUGUAGCUGCCUUUGAGACGAUUGACUUAAAUAAAGGUGUUUGCUGAGAUUUCAGACAGGCAGUUAAUUAUCAUCUCCAUCCCCUCUGUAUUAUUUAUGGUAACACCAAAUAACUUGUAAAUUGUAUGUUGGACACUUAUAUAAGUCUGACAUGUACAUAAUGAUGUCAGCAUAUUUACUUGCAACCAAGGAGAAAAAAUGAACCAAAUGAACCAAUAACAGAACUGGUAUGUAUCUGGGCCUCAGGGCUCUGCAGUGUGCUGGGAAGUUCUGUUGAUUUGGAUGGUUGAUACCACUCUCAUCUGUCUCAUGAAAGCUCACAUACUCAUGCUUUAAAAUAAUUGUUUGCUAUUUUAUUUGUUGCAAAAAAUGAAGCUACUGCCAAGAUUAGUUUAUCUUAACAUAGCGUCGACAAAGCUCCUCACACCGAGAAAUAAUCUAACACUGUCCUUUUUACACAAGUGAAAGUACCGUUGAGAGUGGUUUCAAUUUUCUAAUUAUGAAAAUAAUCGUAUUUCCCAAAAUGUCAGCCUACAACAUAAGACAUAUGACUAUAUACAACUAGCAUUAUUCACAGUGUUAAUGUUUUCAGGAUUUGGUUUUGAAUGACAGUUCAUCCUGUGGAAUAUUAGUUAAAAAAAACAUUUAACCAUACUUUACAGUUUUCAACAGCUCAUGUAGUUUACUCAGUUUAGAGUUUGGUUGUUACCUUGCUAAAGAUGCAAAGCAAUGGUCAAAACUGUUCUAACAUCUGGUAUUGUUAUUGAUAUAUAAUUGGGUAAGUUGGUCAUAGAAGAUGAAUGGUAAGGAUUUUGAUUACCCCUCACGUUUGUGUAUCCAUCUGUCCAUUAUUGGUCUUUUUGGGUCACGUACACCACGAAGGCUCAACCAAAAUAAACUGUCUGAUCUAUAGAGGCUCGUCUGUCGACACCAGCUCGUCUGUCCCUUAUUGCUGUUGCCUAACAAUAGAUCUAAAGUUACGUGCUGUUAGCUUUUUGGUUGAGUUGAAGCUUGAUACCUAAGCAGUGGAAUCUCUUGCCAGCACCAUUACCUCUGAAAACGGUUCGUCACUAAAGUGCAAUGAAUCGUUGGAUAGGGUCAAGAACGAUCCACCCGUGGAUAAAAGGAUGUAUUUGUUGGCAGCAUUUGAAGGAGCCUUGGAAAUGGGACAGCCUCGUCAGGCCGCUGUUACGCAAUUGGUCUACAAAAUGCUACCUCCAAAGCAUGUAGCCCUCGAAUUGAGACACAAUUUAUACCACUUAUCCUUUAAGGGUCGUGGGGGGGUUAGAGUUAGGGUUUUCUAAAUUCCCAGAAUAGCACAUUCGAAAAUCAAUCCAUGUGAGAAGUGGAGACGACAUUAUGUUGGUGCCUCUCCUCUCAUUGCAUUUGGGCUGAAUUCAGAGUAGCCUAUUCCUUUAUUUAGUAUUUAAGUCAGAGAAAUUAACACUUACCACAAGGUUGAUUCUCUUCAAAGAGGCUGACUGGUUGGAAAUAUUAUACAUGCUCCUUAGGGCAAUGAAAAUAACAGACAUGAAAGGCUGAAGUCUAAACCCAUUUCAGGUGUUGCAAAUAACUUUUACAUUAUUUCCUCAUACAACUGCAAAUACAGCACUUCAUUUUCCUUGACUUGAGGGCUCUGCACUUAGAAGUGACACAUUAAAAAGCCAUUUCCUUAAAUUGUUGUCAAGUUGGAACCAAUCAAAAGUCGUGAGUGCCUGAGAGUGCAAAUUAGGUUCAGAUAUUUUUAAAAUGCCGCACAGAUUGUGAGGACCUGUAUAGCGUGCCAACUCUGAAUCGCAGUCACUGGAUUAACUGAAUGAUUUAAAAGCAUGAAAAUAUUAAACAGAACACUCCACUAUCUAACUAUUAUAUUUAGGUUUUAAUGAAGUAUUGUUUUGAUGAGUAGUGAAUGGUGCGGAGAGACAUAAUUUGA